GUGCCUAAUUUGCUUGGAUUUCCCUUAUCUAGCAAGGAAUCAAUUAAAUUGUAAUAUGCUUGUUUUUGUUAGAUAUUUUACGGAUCACCCCUUCUCUUUGCUUUGAAGUGGUUAACUAUGCUCAACCACGAUUAAUUACUGGAACUCAUGAUUUGCAUUACUUUAACAACUUAUUAUGUCAAGAAAGCUGAAAUGCCGAUUCUUAAAAGUGAAAUGCUGAGAGAGAAAUUUCGUACCAUGACACUGCUGCGUGCAGAGCACACAAUCCUUGGGCCGUCCGUAUCGCUACUGUCUGUAGAGCUGCAGAGCAGACUUAGUCCUUGGGUCCAUCUUUAGUCCACGGUUGGCCGUCACAUCGCAUAACACCAUCUCAUUAGUCAAGGCUUGUCCCAUGGGUUCUCCAGACCUAAUUAUUUUCUUUUGAAAAAUCAUCCCUCAGCCAGUCAAUUCCUUCGGACUCUGGCUGUCCCCCACCUCCAUCUAUUUGUCAUUGCAUAUAUAUUGACCACCCAAUUCAUCACCAGAUCUCCAACCUUUCCAGAUGUACCCAACCAGCUUGUUGUUGCUCCUGUGGGUAUGUUUCGCUUGCAUCGCAGACAUUAGACCAGGCGUGCAGGCACAAGCAGCCUGCCAACCGGAGCGAUGCGGCAACCUGACCGUCUCUUCCCCAUUUGGCAUCGCCUUGGGAUCGGAGGAGAACAGGUGCGCCCAACUUGGGUUCCAGGUCCACUGCUUCGACGGUGUCCCAUACCUUGGGUACUACGAGGCUGGGUUCCGGCUCCAGAUCCUCGACAUCUUCUACAACAACGGUUCCCUGCUCGUCUUCGACGUUCACAAGCUCGGUGACUUCAAUCUCUCCGGGGAGAAAGGCUGCCAUGUCCCCAAGGCCAACGUGGCCACCAAAAUCGGGCCUCCGUUCUCGAUAAGCCCCCGGAACCAGAAACUCGUCUUCUACAAUUGCACCCGGGCGCCGGCGGCCCAAGCGGGGCUGGUGGACACGGUGUGCCGGAACAACACGUUUGUCCGCACGGGAGGGCGCUAUAAUGCGUCGGGCGUGAUAGACGGCAGCUACGCUUUGGAGGGAUGCAACGCUACCGCCGUGCCGGUGCUGGGGGCAUCUGGAGAGGCGAACCCCAGCGACUACGAGGAGCUCAUCAGUGAUGGCUUCCUCCUGACAUGGCAGCCGCCAAAUUACCACAGUGGUAAGCUUACUCGUCCUUGUCUUCAAGCUUACAGUGGAUGCUCGCCGGAGCCAUGCGGCAACUUGACCAUCUCCUCCCCGUUUGGGAUCGUCUCACGUCCUGAGGAGAACAGGUGCGCACACUUCAGUUUCCAGGUCCACUGCAGCACCGACGGCGUCCCAUACCUCGGGUACAACGACCGUGGGUAUAGCCUCCAGAUCCUCGUAAUCUUCUACGGCAACCACUCCCUGCGUGUCUCUGAUAUCAACAAGCUCAGAGAUCUCGAUUGUUCAAGCCACAAAGGCUGCCAUGUCCCGAGGGCCAACACAGUCACCAAGAUCGGGCCUCCAUUCUCCAUGAGCACCCUCAACCGGAACCUCAUCUUCUACAACUGCACCAUGGCACCGGUACCGGCGACGGCGGGGCUGGUGGAGACGGCGUGCCGGAAUAACACGUUUGUCCGUGUGGGAGGGCAGUACAAUGAGACAAGCGGGGUUGACGGCAGCUACGCUUUGGACCGCUGCAGCACCACAGCCAUGACGGUGAUGAGCUUGUCGGGCGAGGCGCAUGCAAGCAACUACGAGCGGCUCAUCGGAGAUGGCUUCCUCCUGACAUGGGAUCAGCCCCCUCUCCCGACAUUUAUUAGAGGUCGCGAGAGGAGAGGGAAGAAGAUUAUGGUAAUAGGUAUGACAUCAGCAACUGCAGCAUUUCUCUUUGCAUGUCUUUAUGUGCUGAUAUGGCAUAGAAAGGGGAAAAGACCAUGGUUUCUCCUUUGCAAGAAGACUAGCAGCAACACUGAAAAGAAUUACGAGGCAAUGAUAGUGUCAUAUGGAUCCCUAGCUCCAACAAGAUACACGUACUCAGAGGUAUUGAAGAUAACGUCUUCUCGCAACAAUCAGCUUGGGAAAGGUGGUUAUGGUGUGGUUUUCAAAGGAAGACUACAUGAUGGUCGUCUGGUGGCUGUGAAAUUCUUGCAUGACUGCAAAGGAAAUGGGGACGAGUUUGUGAAUGAGGUCAUGAGCAUUGGCAGGACCUCUCAUGUUAAUGUUGUUAGUUUAUUUGGGUUUUGUUUGGAGGGAUCAAAACGAGCUCUUAUAUAUGAGUACAUGCCCAACGGUUCCUUGGAUCAGUACAUUUAUUCAGAGCACCCCAAAGAAAUUUUAGGAUGGGAGAGGCUUUAUGCGAUAGCAAUCGGGAUUGCUCGUGGCCUCGAAUACUUGCACCAUAGCUGUAAUACACGUAUUGUCCAUUUCGAUAUCAAGCCCCAAAAUAUCCUUCUAGACAAAGAUUUUAGCCCAAAGAUUGCUGAUUUUGGUCUAGCUAAAUUGUGUCAUACAAAAGAGAGCAAUCUUUCAAUGACUGGAGCUAGAGGAACAAUUGGAUUUAUAGCCCCAGAAGUUCACUCUCGAACCUUCGGGGUGGUUUCAACAAAGUCGGAUGUUUAUAGUUACGGAAUGAUGCUGCUGGAGAUGGUUGGAGGUAGGAGAAACGUAAAAUCGAUUGUUGCAAAAUCCAGCGAAAAGUAUUUUCCAGAUUGGAUUUACGAUCACUUUGCACAAGAUGAUGGACUACAAGCAUGUGAAGUGACAAGAGAAAUUGAGGAGAUUGCGAGAAAGAUGACAUUCAUUGGCUUGUGGUGCAUACAAGUGUUACCUAUGUAUCGCCCUACUAUAACCAGAGUUCUAGAAAUGUUUGAGAGAAGCUUAGAUGAUCUGGACAUGCCGCCAAAGCAGAACUUCUGUGAACUACUUGAAAGUUCAGCUCACAAUAUGGAUGUACAAAGUUCAAGUUCUACCAGAUCUGAGGAGAUCAGCCUUGUGAAUUCAAAAAUCCUACAACAAUCGCCAACUCUUUGAGCAGAUAGGCCUUGUGAAUCAAGACUGUGAGAAGGUGGCUUGUACUAGAGUACAUUCAGAAAUUGAACAAGCGCAGUGAAAUUCGGCAUUGUAGUAGACCAUAUUCCAUAUAUGCAUGACCUAGAGUCAAGAGCAUCCAUGUACCAGCGUCCUAAGUUACCGACCACAGAAGGAAUACAAUUUAUUGUGAUGA